AUAUGAUAUCAAUACUGAAUACAUCAUUUGAAAAAUCAUUCGAGAAAAACUUUUCUAAUAAGCCAGACGAAAGCAUAGAAGAAGAAUUGCUGCUAAUAGUCCCCUAAUUUCACCUGCGAAAUCCUGGGAGCUACAAGCAAGAGAUAGAGUGGCUGGUUAUGGCAAAGUCUUGCAAAGGCUUGGCAGAGGAGCUUGUCAAGUGUCUUAGCGAGUCCGAUUGUAUUAAGGUGCAGAAGAGGUCAUUUAGGGAAUGUGCAGGGGAGACAACCCCUUGUAUACCUAGCGAUUGUGUUGGUCUAAGAGAAACAUACUUCAAUUGUAAGAGGGGCCAGGUUGAUAUGCGAGCCCGGAUUCGAGGAAACAAGGGAUAUUAGGUAGUGGAGCUGUGUUGGCGUCUCCUUGGAGCUAAAUGAAGUAAAUGGCAGCAGAAAAUCAUCAUAUACCAAAUUGAAUAAUGCAGCAUAAGUUGAUGGAAAAUUUUGGGUUUCCUGGCAUCUUUAUCUAACGUCUGCCCUCAUGUCUAACCGCAUAACAUGAGGUAGUUUUCUCAUGAAGGGAGUAUUGAUAAUAUAGCUAUAUACAAGUCUUGUGUCAGAGACUUAAUUGUCACGUUAAUGUAUGCGACACGUUCUCUACUAACCUUCUCGACUCUUCCUUUACAAAAUUUGUAUUUACUUCAUUCUUUUGCAUUGGCAAGGCAACUGGCAUAGAGAAAAGGAUAUGUGAUGGACCUGAUGAUGGUUGGAAGGCUACAAAAAAAAACUUUGACUUGAGAAAUAUAAGGAAAUUGUUGUGCAAUUGAUAUGAUGACAACCUUGAAA